AUGCUCACCCGCGUCGUUCGACCAACAGCGAAAGCGACCCUUCGAUCGGUCGUCGUAGCCGGCCAAACGACCAGCCCACGAACAUCACAGCAGCAGCGUGGAUUGGCGACCGUCCAGGACCCGCCCAAGCCUGCGCCACGAAAGACGACCUUUGGCGGACUGCAAGAUCAGGAUCGCAUCUUUUCGAAUGUGUACAGGACGGGCGAUCAUGGGAUCAAAGGGGCGAUGGUGCGUUGACCUGUGGCUUGCUUGUCUGGCUGGUUCGACUGAGGAGUGUGAGCGAGGCGGCGUGAGCGACGACCGGUCGAGGGCGUGGCAAAGGGGUUACACGAGGGUGGUGCAGCUUCGUCCGAGGCACGAGGAUUUUGUUUGGCUUCCACCGGCUGUAUGACCCUACAGUCGGUGGUGCAGGUGUAGCUCGAUGGUCGACUGACUCGCCCGUGACGUCUGCCGAUCGGAGCGGGCCACCGUGCGAACCUGUCCAUCGAAGCGCACUGCAGCCCAUCCACACGACUCGUGAUUCGGCCGACCUGAUUUCAAUCAUCAAAACCUCAUCCGGACUGAUCGGGUGUGUAUGGGAGGCUGACAUACCCCCUCAUUCUUCCCCUCCGGUGCCCUGUCGCGCUUCCCCGCUGGCUGCUCCUUCGACCACUCAGAAACGCGGCGAUUGGCACCGAACAAAAGACAUCAUCCUCAAGGGCGACUCGUGGUUGAUUCAGCAAAGUCAGUAUCAGCUUUUCAUGUGAUCUAAAUCCGACGAAAACGCCCAUGAGCUGACACGUAUACGACUUGCAAUCCAUUCUGCCCACCCGCCUUUACGCGCCAACCAGUCAAGGACUCGGGUCUUCGAGGUCGAGGUGGUGCCGGAUUCCCCUCCGGUCUCAAGUGGUCCUUCAUGUACGUCAAGACGAUGGGAGUAGACUGAGAUGAUGCAUCCUCUGACACUCGCCCGAUGACCCUUUACAGGAACAAGCCCAACUGGCAGGCCGACAAGCGACCGCGGUAUUUGGUCGUCAACGCCGAUGAGGGCGAACCCGGAACGUGGUCAGUCUGCACUCGGAAUUCAUCCAAAGUCGACCUCGCGCUCACGAGCAUCUGCGUCCUACAGUAAGGACCGAGAGAUCCUCCGUGGUGAUCCCCACAAGCUCAUCGAAGGCUGCCUUGUCGCCGGUCGCGCCAUGAACGCCAAUGCUGGUAGGUUACACUGAGCAGCAUCAUACAGUGUUCAGACACGUGCUGACUCCUCAUUCGAUUCUUUUGAUAGCCUACAUCUACAUCCGUGGCGAGUUCUUCAUGGAGUCGGACCACGUCCAGCAGGCGAUCGACGAGGCGUACAAGGCCGGCUUCAUCGGCAAGAACGCGUGCGGCUCCGGCUACGACUUUGACGUCUACCUGCACCGCGGCGCCGGCGCCUACAUCUGCGGUGAAGAGACGGCCUUGAUCGAGUCGAUCGAGGGAAAGCAGGGCAAGCCCCGACUGAAGCCCCCCUUUCCGGCCGACGUCGGCUUGUUCGGAUGCCCGACCACCGUCGCCAAUGUCGAGACCGUCGCCGUGGCGCCGACCAUCAUUCGCCGAGGUGCGAGCUGGUUCGCCGGUUUCGGUCGCGAGCGUAACCAGGGCACGAAGCUGUUCUGCAUCUCGGGCCACGUCAACAAGCCGUGCGUCGUCGAGGAGGAGAUGUCGAUCCCGUUGCAGGAACUCGUCGAGAAGCACUGCGGGGGUGUCCGAGGUGGAUGGGACAACUUGCUCGGCAUCGUCCCCGGUGGAUCGUCGGUUCCCGUCCUGCCCAAGAAUCAUUGCGAGGAGGCGUUGAUGGACUUUGACUCCUUGCGCGACUUGCAAUCCGGUCUCGGUACAGGUGCGGUGAUCGUCAUGGACAAGUCGACCGACAUCAUCCGUGCGAUCGCGCGUUUCGCCAAGUUCUACAAGCACGAGUCGUGCGGUCAAUGCACGCCUUGCCGAGAGGGCACGACCUGGUUGGAGAAGAUGAUGGACCGUAUGGUCGAAGGACGAGCACACGAGCGCGAGAUCGAGAUGCUGCAAGAGUUGACCAAGCAGAUUGAAGGGCACACGAUUUGCGCUUUGGGUGAUGCCGCUGCGUGGCCCGUGCAGGGUCUGUUGAGGCACUUCCGUCCCGAGGUCGAGGCUCGUAUCGCCCAGUACGCCGCUCGUAAUGGUCAGGUCUUGUUCGGUGGUCACUUGCGAAAGGAUGUCGAUCCUUCGAUCGCCGUGCCCAACAAUUUGGGUAUCUCGUUGCCCUUCCCUUCGACGACCAACUGA